AUGAAGGGUGGGCGGAAACCCAACCCUGCAUGGUUCCUGAUUCUCGCCGGCCUCUUCAGCGCCGUCCAGGGCCAGACUCGCCCCGUCAAAGCCAACGUGAGUUUAGUCUACUUCAACGCUUUCAACCAGAGCUCGACCAACAACCGGUGUGAGUGUGGCAUGUUCGGAGUCCAUUCUCUCGUGGCGGAGGCCCGAGGGCUGGUUGUGCUUUCCAAUUCUUCGAAACUCCAGGCUUGUAUGUGGGACACUCAUUUCGCCCCUGCUGUGUCGCCCUGGAUUGCCCUCGUCGCAAGAGGCAACUGCACCUUCACGGAGAAGAUACAGCGGGCGGCUAAACUGGGUGCAGUGGCCGUUGUCAUCUAUAACUAUGCAAAAUACGGCAACAAUACGGUCCACAUGUCACAUCCCGGUACGGGAAACAUGGUGGCCAUCAUGAUUAGCUACGCCAAAGGCAGAGAGAUCCUUCAGAAGAUUGAAAAGGGCUACCAAGUGACCAUGGCUAUCGAAGUAGGGAAAAAGCACGGAUCGUGGAUGAAUAAUUAUUCCAUUUUCUUCGUUUCGGUGUCCUUCUUCAUAGUCACAGCCGCCACAGUGGGAUACUUCAUAUUUUAUUCCGCUAGAAGGCUUAGAGUUGCAAGGGCCCAGAACAGGAGACAGAGACGGCUGAAAGCGGAUGCCAGGAAGGCAAUUGGGCAGCUACAAUUGCGAACAUUAAAACAGGGAGACGAGGAAACCGGCCCUGAUGCAGAUAACUGUGCUGUGUGCAUUGAAGCAUACAAAGCAAAUGAUAUUGUCCGAAUUUUAACUUGCAAUCAUCUGUUUCACAAGAGCUGUAUCGAUCCCUGGCUGCUAGAGCAUAGGACUUGUCCCAUGUGUAAAUGCGACAUACUCAAGGCUUUGGGAAUUGAGGUGGAUGUGGAAGACCAAGGAGAGCCUGCUCAAACGCCCCCUGCCCCCAGUGAAGCCUCUAAUGUCCCUUCAGUUAAUGAAGAAGAUAAUCACAGCGAGACCGCCUCAUCGGGGUACGCUUCCGUACAGGGAGCCGAGGAACCAGCUCCAGAGGAGCGUGUUACUCCAGAGAGUGACCAUCUCCGUCUCGUGAACGCUUCGCAGACCCCCGAGGUCCACACGCUGCCCCAGCUUGACAAUCCCGGCUUCGAAGGAGACGAAGCCCACGAGCAGCCAGUGAAAUCCUAGGUGUGCUGUUGACGCAAGACUGCAGUUCGCUUGAGACACCAGCAUCCCCAACCACGAGGGAAACCGCGAUGACUGACGUAACAGCCACGCUCCCUUGAUCCCGAGAUAAAAUACACAGUUUUAAGAUUGCAAUUCUACGGAGUGGCCUGCCCUUCUCACUUUAUUUCUUUACUGAAUUAGUUUUUAGGUCUUUUUCAGCGUAGGUCUUUUCUUCUGGCACAUCACCAAGGAAAGACCCCU